AUGUCAGGCAUCGCCGAUCUGCCCGUUGAACUAUUCCUCGACGGCAUCUUCCCCCACCUCUCCGUCGCCGACCUGGCCCGGCUGGGAGCCACUAACAAAUUCCUCAACGGUCUAUCCAAUGAUGACGCUUACUGGCACAGAAGGAUUCAGGAAGACUUCAACUUUCCGAACUUCGACACCGCACGCGAGACUGGAUGGAAGUUCUUGUACAAGCGACUCAGUGAUCCGAAAGCAUACGUAUGGGGCGAGAAGUCGAAGUCCAGGCUAGGGCUUCUCCAGUAUCCCCCAUCCAACGUCAGAGAUGGCGUCCCAUUCCCCACUCGACUGGCCAUCCCAGGUGCUCGGAUCGUAUCCCUCGCGGCGGGUGGCAUGUCCUUCAAUGCAAUUGACUCCAAGGGUGAUCUCUAUGUCUGGGGUAUCCUUAAUGGCACAUCCAUGGCAUUACGAAGCGAUGGUUUUGCGGACUCGUCGCAGAAAGCUGACGAGCCGACCCGACUCGAGCUCCCAGUGAAGUUCCGUUCGAUCUCAUGCGGCCGCUUGCACAACACCGCGAUGGACGCGUCGGCGAACGUGUGGACUUUCACUUCAUGGGGACAGCCUUUCCGCCUCGGAUCGUCCCUCGUCGACAAGACCACUCCAGAGACCACUCCCGUUCAAGUGGAGAGUGGCUGGACGUACUCCGCGAUUCUCACUGAGUCUGGCGACAUCCUGGUGUAUUGGCCGUUCGAAGGGGAGAUACAACGUGUGCUCAGGGAAAAGAAGCUAGAACUUGAGUCUACCGAAGAUGAAGAGCUGAAAGAAGCCGCCAAGGCAAAAGUCAUCAAGGGGACCCCCGACGUCGUCCCUUGUCAUUGGUGGAUCAUGGAAGGCGUGGAUCCCGUACGAUUGCCUCCUAUCCCAGUUGAACACCUUCCACAGCUGCGCUUCACCGGACUGUCUCGAGAGGAGUUGGAGAAAGAGACGAAGUUGGUGAAAGUCGCUGGCUAUGACCGCAAUCUCAUCGGACUCACCAACAAAGGACACGUUCUGAGAUAUACCAAUCUUAUAUCCGAAACUGACUACCAGCAAGGACGAUGGGAAUACCUUCCCCUGUUUAGCGACGUGGAUAAACUCAAGGAGCUUCCUGUCUACAACGCAAACGACGCUCCUCUGGCUGCUCCAGAGACCAUGCACAUCACUCAUAUUUCAGCCUCCUUCGAGACUUUCUUCGCCUAUUCCGUCGGAGAGAGCUCCGUUGUACUCCAAGGCAAAGGAAACGACGCCCCCGCCCCCACCCCCGCCCCUCACCCGAACUUCCUCAACAACGCCGCGCCCACGGUCAUCCCCACGCUCCAGAACCAGUCCGUCAUCGCCGUCGUCGUCGGCGACUACCACUACGGCGCGCUCACCUCCAGCGGCCGCCUCCUCUCCUGGGGCCAGUUCUCGCGCGGCGCGCUCGGCUUGGGAGACCCCGUCGACCUCCCCCUCGGCUCCCCGGGCGGGUACGUGACCCAGCAGCAGCGCGACCAGUCCGUGAACGGCCGCUGGGGCGUCAUGCAGCCCCCGCCGGACGUGUCCGUGCCGACCGAGGUCCGCUUCGACCACGGCGCGAAGCGCAGCCGGUCCGUCUUCGUCUUCGCCGCGGCCGCCGCAGGAUGGCACUCGGGCGCGCUGGCGAUCGACCUCGAUCCCGACCAAGAGCAGGAAGAGGAGGCACAGACGAUGCCGGGAGGCACCGAACCCUUUGACGAAUCCCUGGUGAGGAUCCUACCUGUGCAGGACCCAGGAAGCAUUCCUCGUCUUGGGCAAGGAUUAGGGAGGCGUGGUUUGCACUUCCGCAUUGGCUUCGCGGGUCGGGGUAUGCGGCGUGGUGGCGGACCGUGA